UUUGUGUAAACACAAGCCUAAAAAAUUCAUUGCGCUAGGCUAAAUAGUAAAAUGUAAAUAGUGUGACCUUUAUCUUCGGGAAUACCCCCAAAGUGCAACCUCUAAAAUUGCCAGUUAAAUUAUCAAAUAAAAUUUCGGACGGUUGCUCAACGGAAGGAAUUAUAAACAGUUAUCAACAUUGAAAACUUUUUCUGUGCAGACAACGUGACAUAUACUUCGACUUUAAUAAGCUUGUUUCAUAUAUUUACAUGAACAUCACUGAACAUUAGUCUCAUUUAAAAGGCUUAGAAAUGUAAUAUGAGCUUUUAAGGAUUGAAGAACUUCAUAAUACCUUACUAGGUGCAGCACUUGACCUGAAAUUGAAAUGAGCUGAGAUGUUGCUUGAUCCUGGUUUGAAUAGACUUAAUAGUUUAAACUUGAUGUAGCUGUGAUACAGAGUUUAAUUGAAUAGAUAAUGUUUAUUUUGUAUAAAAUUUGUGGAAAUGUAUUUUUACGAAAAUCCUGGUAACAUUUGUUUGGUCCCAUUUUAAAUCUUGUCAGAUUAAUUUGCAAGACUGCCUGCUUGUUCUGAGUUUUGAGCAAUAAAUUUGUAAAAAUAUUGCAAGAAUGUCAAACUUUCAGCCUAUUGGUAGUGAAAAAAUUGUAAUCAAGACUGAGCCAGUAGACAGUUUUGAAUGGGAACCCCAACAAAAUGCUUCUGAAAUGAAUCAUAGUUACCAACAGGAAAAUGACACAAAACAGUAUGACAAACAUAUUAAACAAGAUUUAUUUUCAUGUAAUGAUAAAGAAAUUCAGGAAAAGUUAAGAAAUAUGAAGAGAAACUCUUCAAGUUUUGAUGAGUUUGAAACAGCCAAGGAAACUAAGGUGAAUAAAAGGGGAGACAUAGAUAAAGCAAAACCCCAAGCAAAAAAUGUCAAGUGCAAGAAGAAAAAAAUUAAAGAUAAUGAUGAUGUCUUUACUCACAGCACAGAGGAAGUAACAAGAAAAGUUAGAAAAGUUAAAAAGAACUCUUCUAAAAGGGAAUGUUUAAACGCCUUACCCUCAGAGAAAGAUAACACUUUUAAACAAUUUAAAAGACACAAUUCAGAGGGCACUGAUGCCCAAUUCUAUAAUUUACAGCCAAAGCAGUCUGUACUUCAUGAAGUUCAAGACUCCAUUGAUAUGAAGCCUACAGUAGAAGAGCUAGAGGAUUAUUCAAGAUCUGUUUCAAAAUCAAAUUCAGUUCAAUCUUUGUCUGGUGAUAACUCUUUAGGAAAAACAUUGGCUACAAGCUUACAGCUGAUUGCUACAAACACUACCUCACCAAUAAUACCUAGUGAUAGCAAUGGCACUUCUUAUAGAAUGCAGGUUAUGAGUUGUACAUCUAGUUCUCAUUCAUCUGUAGCAGUUACUCCAGUUGUUGUUCUUUCUCCUGUUGUACCACCUCGAAGAUAUAAAACCAGAUCAUCCUCUAAGACUGAUAAAGUUAAAGUAAAAAAAGAAAGAAAGUCUCAUACUGGCAACAGAGCAGAUGAGGGCAAAACAAAAUUCAAAGAUUCUGAAAUGAUUAAACCCAUUUUAAAUAAAGAUGGAAGUGUCACUCUUUAUCAAUGUGAAGAAUGUAACAAGGUUUUCAACAAAAAGCAGACUUUACGACAACAUUUUAUUACACACACAAACAGAUUUGCAUGUCCAUAUUGUGAUGCACGUUGUAAAAGUAAAGGGGACCUCCGCACCCAUAUUCAGACUCAUACAAAGGAAAAGCCUUAUCAUUGCGAUGUCUGUAACACAGAUUAUACAAGAGAAAGCAUACUAAGAAAGCAUAUGAAAACCCAGACUCACAUCAGAGCUUGCUAUGAAAGGGACAACUUACUGCGUUUGCAGAAACAAGCUGAUAAGAGUUCUGAGAAGGAUGUUGAUCAGUUUAUCCCUGCUCAGACUAAAGUCCGGUUGGAAGGUUUCUCUUGCAGUCAUUGUUCCAAAGUUAUGUUUUCUAAAAUUGAGUAUAGAAGACAUGUGAAGUCUCACGAUUUCAAACAUGUGUGCAAUGUUUGCCAGAAAGGCUGUAAAACUGCUUUGCUUUUGAAAAUCCACAAAAGAUCUCAUGCCAAAGUAGGUCACUUAUCUUGUAAAGUUUGUGCAAGAUCAUUUUCAAAUAUAUAUUGCUUAAAAGAGCAUUUAAAAUACCACAAAUCUUCACAUUUCAAAAAACCAUCUGAGGAAAUGUUGAUAAAGGCUGCUAUAAACAAGCACAAUAAAGAUAUAGUUAAACUUAAAAGUCAUACCAGUAGCAAAACGUGCCUGUCUAGUCUAAGUAAAUUGAUUAAGCUAGAGUGCGAAAUAUGCCAGAAAACCUUUUCUAGUGAAAAACGCUUAGAAAAUCAUGCACGUGUACAUCAAAGUACCUACAUAUGUGGUAUAUGUAAAAAAGCAUUUGGGUCUGUGCCUAAAUUGAAAAUUCACUUAAGAUUUCAUGGUCGAAUGUUUCAAUGUGAAACUUGUGAUAAAGGUUUUUUUGAUGAGAAAGAGUUACAAGAACACAUUCAAUAUCAACAUAUUUUAGAAAAGAACUAUCCUUGCAAAAUUUGUAAUGAUCGUUUUACUACAGCAAAUGAAUUAAAACAACAUGUAAAUCACCAUGCUCCAACUAUGCUAUUUAGUGGAGCCUCACUUGAGGAGAGCACCAUUCCAGUUGUAAACAGAACAUAUAAAAAGUCUAGUAUUGGCUAUCAUAAUUCAAAAUAUUCUGAAACAGAAGAAUCAAGCGAUGAUGAAGGUUCAAAUGUGCAUAAAAGCUCAAAACCAUGUGACUCUGAUGAUGACAGUAUUUUGGAUAGUAACGUGUUUUUUGAAAUAAUUAACAAUGCUCUCGAUGGUAGUGAUGAUAAUCUAAAUGAUGCUGAACUCUCUGACUCAGAUGAGGAGCUAUUUUCUGGUAUUAAGGCAGCUUUAGAAUCUGAAGUAAUGAGCUCAGGAGAAUCUGAUAAUGGUGAGUCCAAAGAGCCUUUACUCCAGAAACCAAUUUUAUAUACUCAUAACGAAAUUCUCAAAAAGAAUAGUGUUGAAUUUGAAAGGUACUCUUUGAUAGAUUCAGAAAAAAGUAUAUUUAAGUGUAAAUUGUGUGAUAUUUCCUUUGAUGAGCAGAAAUAUCUAAAAAAUCACUUAAAAUGCCAUGUUUGUGAAUAUUGCAACAAAUUUUUUACUGAUAAAGAAAAACUAGCAGCUCAUAAGUCUCGGCAUGUGAAACAGCUCUUGAGAGAAAUAAAAAAUGAAGCUGGCCGAUUACAGAUACCUAGAUUCAGGUGGAAAGGUUUUCUAAUGCCAUUGUCUGAUUCUGAUCAUGAUAUAGAUGAUCAAUUUCUCAAUGAACUGGAAGAUAUUUUGGAAGGUGAGCCACCAAAAGUACAACGCUCUGUCAACUUUCUUCACACUCUUUCACAUGAUGAAAUAGUUCGUGCCAACAAACAAAUAUUUGACCACUACUCUUGUCUAGAUCUGACUAACAACAUAUUUGCUUGUACCAUAUGUAAAAGAAAAUAUGCAAGACCAACUACUUUAACUAGACACUUUAAAACUCAUGUUUGUCAAUUCUGUAACAAAUUUUUUGAAGACAAAUCAGAUUUAUUGGAGCAUAAAUAUAGACAUAGAAAGAAAGCUGCUUUAAUGAAAGCUGAGAUUACUGGUGAAGGAAGCAAAAUGCCACCGUCCCCUAUAGUUUCUAAACAAAAUCGAGACAUGUUCAAGAGAUAUUCUUAUGUUGACUCUGAGAGAAAUAUUAAUCGUUGUACUUUGUGUUGUAAAGAUUUUGUACGCAGAACUGUACUGACACGUCAUAUGAAAACACAUAUUUGUUGUCAUUGUGACAAGUUUUUUGAGGACAAAUAUGAUUUAGCUAAGCAUACAACAUUCCAUAAAGUGGAGAAACAAUACAUUGAUGAUGAUGGCCCAGAAAAUGAUGAUUUUGCAGAGUUUGAAGAAGAUGAUAAACAAUACUCCACCAAUUCGUCCAUUGCUGGAAAUUUGGAUAAUGAUGAAAAAAAUAUAACAUUACCUCCAUCCUAUUCAUCUUCAAUAGGACAUUUCAAUCCACCUUUUCAUACACAACCCACAUGCAGUAGCAGAAAUGAUACCAUUACAUUUAUUCAAAUUCCAAGUUCUGAAAGCAGUAGUACUGCUAAUGCUCAAGUAUAUUCUGCUCCGGGAAAUGGAGCAUCCUCAUAUCAGAUAAUCUCUCAAUCUGUAGAAGUCUAUAAGGAGAAUGGGCAGGAAUCUUUUUUGGUAGCUUCAUCAAGCUGUCAGGGACAAGAAUCUGAUAAAAUUAUUACAAUAUCUCAGCCUCAGAUUGUCCCUACUAGUUCAGAAAGCAGAGAACGACUAUUUGAAUGUGGUGAGUGUGGGAAAAGGUUCUUCAAGAAUGGUCACUUGAAGUCCCAUAUGACUAUUCAUACAGGUGACAGGCCCUAUGUGUGCCGCUUGUGUGGGAAGGCAUUUGGCAGAGGAACUACUUUACGAAAACAUGAGAAAACACACAUGAAGAGAUGUAAGAUCUGUGAUACUUCUUUUACUCACAAAUAUGAACUAGACUUGCACAUGGAGAUUCACAGAACAUAUGCAUUUUAUAAAUAAUUUUUUAAAAGGUGCAUAAAAUUCUAGUUUAUUCAAAUGACCAUUUAGUGGAUAUUUCAGAACCUGUGAUAUUCAUCAUACAUUUCCAAAGGAUCAAUACUUUUAUAUUAGUACCAUUAUUUCCUUAGAGUAAGAACUAAUAAUUGUAAAUUCCAACUAUUUUCAAAUUUUAAUGUAUUUUUCUUGAAGAGUAAAAUAUAUUAAUGAGUUCUGAUGUUUUGGACUAUUUUUGUUAAUUAAAAAUUGUAUCUUCAGAAUAGAUCAUGGAUUACAAUUUUAUGUAUUUUGUAGGUGGUUUUUUUUUAGUGAAGAAAUGUUACAAAUAAAAUAUUUAGGUUAUUCCUUAUCAUUUUAUGUCUCAAUCCGAUUACUUUUAACUGUUCAUACUGUCAUAAACAUGUGCAUAUUGUCUUUCUCUAAAUGCUCAAUAAGAAGCUUGUGUUAAAAAUUAAUAUUUAUUUAAUGAGUUCUUAAAUUUUAUUUACUAUCAAUGGUUUUGAAGACAUGUGAUAUUUUUUUAUAAGUAUAAUACCCCGGUAUUGAUUGUUAAAAAUUUCCAUGAAGAUUGUUAAAUAUUAAACACUAACACUGUUAUUAUUUUUCAAUAUCAUAUUGAAUUUUUUUUGUUUUUUUUGCUUUUUGUCAUGAUGAAGUAUGUUUUUAAAUACAUUGUGAUUACAUUUGCCAUAAAUCUUUAUAAAGCUAGCAUUAUUUUAUUUAAAAAUUUAGUUCAAAAGGAUUUAUUUACAUGAAAAACUGCUUCUACAAAAAGCUAUAAUUCACAGUAAAGAGUUUUGUCCUUCUAAUUUUUAAACAAAAGAUAAAAAUUUAAAAUGGGUGUUCUUUUAUCUAUGCUCAUGCAGUCCUAAAUCUUUAUAAAUAUGUAGAUGGACAGCUUGCUAAAAGGCUCAUGAAUUGUUAAUAAUUGUUGUUAAUUUGAAUUUUAAAGGUUGAAUUUCCCUAAUUAUGUCUGACUAUUUAAGUUUAUUUAAGUACAACGUUGGGUACUACAAUGUUUAUUAUUUUAAAAACUAUUUUGUCUAGUUAAGAUUAAACUUUUGGAUAUAAAACGUGAGUCUAUUCCUGCUUCAUUCUCUUAUCUGUUUUCGUUCAUUUGGUUUCCAAUUCCUUGUUCUCUAUUCAUAUUGGAUUGUCUAAAUAUUAUUGCAACACUUAUUGUCUUAAUUUGUUGAAUUAAAAAAAAUAACUAAAUGUUUUUUAUGGUUCUUCUAUGAACUUUGCAAUACAUUUCUAUUCCAUGCCACAUUGAGUUGCUCACA